GUCUAUCUUCAUCCAAUACGACUUCGUUUUUGCUUAAUCUCUAUCCAAAACCUCUCUAUAUAACUCACACUUUUUUUUUUUAUUUGUAUUUUUAUUAAUAAAUUGAAAAGCAAAAGCCAAAAAAGGCAGUUUCUUUAAUAAUCGUUUCCGUGUAAGUCCAGACGCGUUUGAGUUCUUGAGGCAUACAUUUUUCCAACCACUUUUGCUUUGUAAGAAAGGCAAAAGAAAACCCAUCAGAGAGCCGUUGCUACACUAUCGUUUUUAACACUUUUUUGGUUUUUUUAGCUUCCUUUUUGGUGGAUUUGAUUAACCCUUUUGUCGUCUUCUUUGGGGUACUCUCAUUAUGGUAACAAUCUAAUAUCCAGGCAACAAGAUCGUUUUUGAUGAUUAUCGGCUUUCUUUCUGGUUUCCCAUUUUGUCAUUAUUUCUAUGGAGAAGGUGGUGUUGUUUUUAUGAAAGUGGAUUUUCUUCUUACUGGGUUCUCCAUAACUGUCAAAUUUGAUCUCUCUCGGCAUAACCAUCAGAAUUAAAUCUGGUUUUCUUCUACAUCCACAUAUAUGUGCAUGGCUGAAGGAAAUACCUCUCAUGGGGUUACUGAAUCUGAUAUAAUAUCUAUGAAAGAAGCGCUUCACGCUCAACAACACCUUCUGCAGAAACUAUAUGCUGAACUAGACGAGGAAAGAGAAGCAUCAUCUACUGCUGCUAGUGAAGCUCUAUCCAUGAUACUGCGUUUGCAAGGAGAAAAAGCUGCAGUUCAUAUGGAAUCUAGCCAAUACAAGAGAUUGGCAGAGGAAAAGAUUUGUCACGCCGAGGAGUCAAUGGCGAUAUUCGAAGAUAUUAUCUAUCAGAAAGAAAUGGAAAUUGCUUCUCUUGAGUUCCAAAUUCAGGCUUACAAGUGCAAACUCUUAAGCUUGGGUUGUACUGAUCUGGGUGGUGCCAGUGAAAAUAGAUUUCCAGAGAGUUUGUUGUUGCAAGGAAGUAAUCUGUGUAACGGAGAAACGGCUGGCAAUAUCAGAAGACUGAGCUCUUUACCCCCAAUUCUAUUAAAGGAUUCCCAGCAAAAGAAAAGCAUUACAGAAAAAGAAAGCUCCACAGUCUCCAUAACAGAUAUGGUUCCAAAGGAAAUGGACCUGGAAGUUAACGUUCAGAGCUUGAAUACAGAGAAGAAAUCAGGAAAUUCAGCAGGAGGGAACUUCAAUACAUAUUGGGAGCAGAUCAAAAUGUUAGAUGAACGAGUAAAAGAGAUAUCCUCUUCUAAAAGUGCUGAGAGAGAUAAAUCCAUCAUUAAGAGUGCAUCUAGAAUUUGUUCAUUACCUUUACAAGAAAGCAUCAGCAAACCCUGUGACCCAACAAGGCCAGAAAUCAUUACUUGUUUGGAUAAAGAGAAAGAUAACUAUCAUCAACAGGAGGAGGACAAUGCUAGCACUUCUUGUUCCUCUAAUGUACAUGAUAUUUUUGAAGUUCCACAGAUUGAUGAUAUUCUUAUAACAAGAGAGCAUAGGAAGAGACAAGAGAGCAAAGUGGCUUCGGAUGUUGAGGACAGGCUUGGAAAGCCAGAUUUGGUGGCUCAUGAUACUGAUGAACUGUCCUACAAGGAUGACGCAGACUGUCUGAAGAAAAUGUUGCUUAGCACAAACCAAGAGAGCAAAUUGUGUAAGCCAAGAGAGAGUGUAGAUUGCAACGUGGCUCAUGUUUGUCCGAAAAUUGGUGUUGCUGCUGAUUCUCAAGCUCUGUUUCAACAUUUGAGUAAGAGAAUUGAUCGGCUUGAGGGAGAAAGAAUUCGUACAAGGCAUGAAAUUAGCUAUGCAGCGGAUGAAGAGAAACAGUUAUUGAGGGAGAUACGUGAGCAACUUAAUGUAAUACAGGCUGAAAUCCAUAGCUUGAGACCUAGGAAAUCCCCUCCACAGGAUGAUCAACCCCUUAUUUCUCUCAUGGAGGCAAUGCUACACUUUUGGCUUUGACCAAGCAAAUGAAUUGGAAAAAUGACUCUCAACGCUGAUGGACUGCAUUCAUGCCUCAUCAGUUUUUGGCAGGCUUUGCAUAAAAGAUAGUGUAAGUAAUGAGUAUGAUUUAAAGUAAAUAAUAACAAUAACAAUAAAAAUGUAAGAGUUUGAUAUUUCUUCGAAAGAGUGUUUAAACAAAUAGACUUUUUUUUUUUUUUUUUUUGGGUGGGGGGGAGAUUUGGAUAUUAGUUGACAUACAGUGUAUACAGUGUAAAAUUUGCAUUUUGAUACAUCAUAGAAUUGUGUUUCCCAUGGGAAUGUAUAGUUACAAGUUACACCUUGAUGUUCACUUUUGCUUCUAAUAUAGAUGAUUGUAAGUAAUAUUUUAAUAUGCGAACUUUGUUUUUUCUUGGAGAAUGUGCCCUUUGUUUCUUUCUUCCUACCCAUGUUGCGUGUAGAAAUAGUUA